AACGGGUGUGCAACUAACUCAGCAUCACGCGCGCGUGCUCGUGCGUGUCCCCAGGCGGCGGUUCGGAAAAAGUGGAGCGAGGAUCAUAGAGCUAGCAUGCAGGCCCCAGUUCAGCAGCAGGGCAGCAGACUAGCAGCAGGAGCACCGAGAGUCCUCCCGUUUGUCCCACAGAAUGAAGUCGUCCAUGGAAGAUGGGGAUGGGGAAGGGCCGCCUGGACGACUACUGUACUUAGUGAUAGGGAUGACACAAGUUGUCCUGCAUCAUGUCCAUACAUUUGA